UACACACCGCGAGACGCGAUCAAUAGCGGCCAGCAGAGCAGCAGCACAAUCUAUAUGUAUGUAUAUGUCUUGACGUCAAACGCACGCAUCGCAGCAGCAGCAUCAGCUCAGUCGGUCUCUCCGACUAAAACAUAACAUACGAACUUUCACGCAGUGUCCAAUCGCUCGGAGACGUAGAGGUGCGAGAUCAGGAGUCGUAUACAAAUUCAUUCAAAUGUGAAGAGAGCCAAAAAAAGCGUAGUAGUUGGUUUUUUUUCGAUAAUCGCGCGCGACGAAGGUGAGUGCCGAAGAUGAUCAUCAACGCGGUGUCGUCCGUCUGCGUCCUGUUGUCGAUUCUCGCGAGAUGCAGCGAUGCAGCAGCAGCGGACGCACAGGUGGAGAGAUUCCCGUUCUUCAUGCCCAACGUUCGACCCAAUGUCCCGGAGUCGUAUCUGUGCACGCCGGUGAAAAUCGACCCGGCGAGCACCUACUACAUCACGGGCUUCGAGCCCAACGCCACCAUGAACACGGCCCACCACAUCAUCCUCUACGGCUGCGGCAAGCCCGGCAGCCGUAAGCCCGUGUGGAACUGCGGCGAGAUGGCCCACGCCGAUCCGCGUCUGGCGUCCGCCGGGCCCUGCGACGAAGAUUCCGAGAUAAUUUACGCCUGGGCCCGAGACGCGCCCAGCUUCAUCCUCCCGCCCGACGUUGGCUUCAAGGUCGGCGCCAAGUCGCGCGUCAAGUACCUCGUGCUCCAGGUCCAUUACGCGCACAUCGACCGGUUCGCCGACGGCUCGACCGACGACUCGGGCGUGACCCUGCUGAUCACUCGUCGGCCCCAGAGCAAACUCGCCGGCGUCCAGACCCUCGGCACGGGCGGCAGCAUCCCCCCUCACAGCGUCGAGCUCAUGGAGGCCGCCUGCAAGAUCAGCGAGAACAAGACGCUGCAUCCGUUCGCCUAUCGCACGCACACCCACUCGCUGGGUCGCGUCGUCUCGGGCUACGUGAUCAAGGACGGGGGUAGGAGAUGGAUCGAGCUGGGCAAACGCGACCCUCUGACGCCGCAGAUGUUCUACGAGACGAGCUAUAGGGGCACGGUGGAGAUGGGGGAUACGUUGGCGGCCAGGUGCACGAUGCGGAGCGACCGCGACACCUGGACCUACGUGGGCGGCACGAACAAGGACGAGAUGUGCAACUUUUACAUGAUGUACUGGGUGGAGAACGACGAGCCGCUGCUGGACGCCUGGUGCUUCACGCCCGGCCCGCCCACGUACUACUGGCACAAGGCCGGACUGAUCGACAUACCGAACGACGAGGCAUCUACGCUGAAUUGAUGUAACGAUAAAUUUCAUUCUAUGUGUAACUAUACCGAAACGAUGCCGACCAGUGAAUGUCAAUCCUUUUUUUAUUUCAACUCGAGUAAGACGGAAAAAAAGGCUCAAAGUGUGAAUAUUAUCUAUAUUAUUAUAAUGUAACUUUAUUCCGUAACGAAUGAUCUCUCAUAUCCGGGAAUGAAUGGAGAUGUGCUAUAUACAAAGUAUUUACUGUAUAACUACUUUGGAUUGUUUUAAUCCAACGAUUACCAUUAAUGUUACGCAAUCCCAGUGUUAUUUUAAGUAAUUUACAUUUUUUUUAAAGCAGAACGAAGGCGAAUUCUAGUUAUUAAAACUUAAUAAAUGUCAAGUGUUAUCGUUUGUCAAAUAUUUAACCGAAGUCAACUCUAUGAUCUGUUCUGUUUGUUUGCGCGCGCGUGUGUUGUGUUGUGUACCAAAUAAUUUAACUCGUUGAUGUUUUACCGCAUGUGUAUAAGUGUAAGAACGUAUUGUGUUGUAAAUUUUUUUUUGUCUCUCGAAUUUUAUCAUUACAGAAUGAAUUUCGAACGUAAAAUCGAACUGCAAAACAAAAGUCUGUAUUAAUAUUAAAUAAUUGGAGAAUAAAAGAUCGAUAUUUCGUAAAUA